AUGGCUGACCGCUCGCCAGCGGGCAAGGAGUUGGCGGUUCCACCUCGCGGCGACCCAGACCGGAGGCGAGUACUCGGCGUUCUAGCACAACGGAGAUAUCGCGAUCGCAAGAAACUAUCGCGAACGGCAAGGCGAGACUUCCCAAGUGUCACUGGCGCAUCUGCGCAGCAAGUUCAUCUAGAGACACCCAGAGGUGGCGGCGACGCUCCACUUGCAAGUGACAGCCUUCAAGCACGCACCUCCGUAUCCGGCGAUGCCCGUAACGUAGAUGAAUUGUCGUUGACUUGGACUGCCGGAGAAGAUGGCCUAAGCUCUGAUAUGAUGUUCGAUAGCGCUCUCUCAGGAGAGCUGCAGGACCUACUAACAGAGACUUUUGAAUUUCCCGACGACAGAACCCUUGAAGUACCUGCUCUCAAAGUCAUGCGAGCCGCCGUCGAUGUGGCCACGAGACUCAACUGCCUACCAUUACUGUGGAAUCCAGCUUCAAUCCACAUCGUUGGCCCUACAGCUCCGUCGUCCUUUCCUCUACCCCAGCACUUCUUUCCCGUAUCUGCGCAGCUCACAAUCCCUCACCAUCCGCUGUUCGACAUAUUACCCUGGCCGACUGUCCGGACAAAGUUCAUCAAUGCUUUUGCGUUGCCAUCCGAGUUACGACCACCAUCUGCGAGAGACCCUCUUGCCCUUAUGCAUCUAGUGUACGAUAUGGAUGAUGAGAGGGAGGGAUGUCGGAUUUCCGGCUGUGAUGGGAUGGACGUGGCGGGUUGGGAAAUUGGGCAAAGGGUGUUUGAUAACUGGUGGUGGGCUUUGGAUCGUGAUGUACUUGCGCAGUCUAACCGUCAGUCUUAUCCCGCAUUCGACCCCACUAAAGAUUUGUAUCUAACCGUUGUUCAAGAAGGGGACCAACUUCUCAAUACGCCUCAGCCAUUGGACAAUAAUAUGUUAGCGCCAAGGGCUACCCUCGGCAAGGCUUGUGCCGUUACUAUGGCCGCCCUCCGCGCUGGAGUCGGGCUCAGCGCGGUCUUGGCUCCUACCCUGCUGAGUCGCGUCUCCGGUCUACCUACGCCCCUUAACACGGCAUCCACACUUGUGAUGCGGCUUUUCGGAAUUCGUGACGCCUUACUCGCAGCUGCACUAUGGGUUACUAUGAGAGACGAGUCCAAGAGCUUAUCCGUGUCUGCUCUAGGGGAAACGAGACGUAGCGUCAGGAGGGUACUUUCGGGAGGCGUUGUGGUCGACCUGGUAGAUGCCGUUAGCGUUUUUGCGACUGUGGCAGGCCAUGGAAGGUUGACGCCUCAGGCGGUCGGUGUCUUUGGUGGCGGCGCGGUGUUGUUCAUGGGCUUAGGAGCGGCUGGACUUAAUGCGUAUAGGGUGUGA